CACCACAAUUCACUUCUCUUCUCCCCAUCGGAAGAGAGACUAAGGCCUCGGGUUCAAUUGAGGAAGAUCCAGACGCCAUCUACCUCGUUCCAUUCCUCCUGCGGCUUCGCUAUGGAUCCAGUUGCUACCGCCAAUGCUCCUAAUUUUACCACUCAAGUCAAUGGAAUCCCGAUGCUUAAUGGAACAAAUUUCAAGUCUUGGAAAGAGGCUGUAGAAAUUGUUUUAGGAUGCAUGGAUUUAGAUCUGGCAUUAAGGACGGAGCGACCCACUUCCACUCCAGAAAACUCUAAUGAGGCGAAAAUUGAGAAGUGGGAUCGGUCCAACCGGAUGUGUCUAAUGAUUGUGAAGCGCACCAUUCCUGAGGCGUUUCGAGGCUCAAUUACGGAGGGUGAGAAUGCAAAAAGGUUUCUAAUGGAAAUUGAGCGAUUAUUUGCCAAGAAUGAAAAGGCUGAGACAAGUAGCCAUUUGGCUAAACUUGUCUCUAUGAGGUAUUCUGGCAAAGGAAACAUUCGUGAGUACAUUAUGGAGAUGUCUAAUCUCGCGUCAAAACUCAAGGAACUAAAGUUAGAGCUACCUGAGGAUUUGCUCGUUCACUUGGUUUUGAUCUCUCUUCCGGCCUACUUUGGCCAAUUCAUAGUGAGCUAUAACACUCAAAAGGACAAAUGGUCCCUUAAUGAGCUGAUAUCUCAUUGUGUGCAAGAGGAAGAGAGGCUGCAGAGAGAUAAGACAGAGAGUGCUCAUUUUGCUUCAACAUCUCACAAUAAGAAGAGAAAGAAGCAUGUGGUUGGUGCUGAAAAUUCUUCAAAGAAGAAGGUGAAGAAACAAGGUGAGGCAUUUGCUUGUUUUUUCUGCAAGAAAUCUGGACACACAAAAAGGGAGUGUUCUAAGUACGCCGCUUGGCGUGUGAAGAAGGGUAAACUUCUCAAUUUUGUUUGUUCUAAAAUUAAUUGAGUUUUGUUACCUAAAGACACGUGGGUAGAUUUUGGCACUACUACUCACAUAAGUAUGUCUAUGCAGGUUUGCCUGUGGAGUCGUUCACCAAAUGAUGCUGAAAAGUAUAUUUAUGUUGGUGAUGACUGAUGACAAUAAAGUGAAGUUCAAGCUAGAAGAAUUUUUGAAUUAUUUUAUAAGGACUUGUUUUUUAUUUAUUUGAAUUUUAAUUGAGACAUUUUGUUACACCGUCUAUUAGGCGGUAUUUUAAUUAGUAUUUCUAUGUUGGACAAAUAAGGUUCCUAUUGUUCCUUCGGAAAUAAUAAAGUAAGUCUCUUUUAUAAUUCAAAUAUUGUUAGUUAUGAGUCUUUACUAAGAUAAUCCUUAUAUGCUUGAGAGUUUGGUCAUUUUAUGGCAUAAGCUAAAGUAAGAGAUUCAAACCCACUAACUAAGGAUAA